UUAAAAUACAUUGCUUAUUUUUCAAUAGUAUAAUUUUAUUAAUGAAUUUAAUUGACAAAUAAAUAAAUGUGGGUGGCAAAAUACUAAUUAGUUUUCCGUUUCUAAGUAACCAAUUUAAUUAAUUAUUAUGUAGAAAGUACAAACAGUACAAAAUGAUAUAUUAAGCUUCAAUAUGCUUUCUUUUGAUAAAAUAAAUUUGUUUAAAAAGUAUAACAUUCCAUUGGACCUUAUGUCUCCAAAUGAAAACAGUGGUGAAGUGAUAAACUCCUUUCAGCAAAAGAAAGAUCGGACAACUUCUAAUGACAGAGCUGACAAUUACAGGAAUGAAAUUUUAUCUUGCUGUUAUGAUGAACAGCAAAAAAUUAAUAAGCAACAAAGAUGUAUAAAAUUUCAACAAGACAUUAAAUGGGAUGAUAACGAAUUUUGGAAAAAUUUGCCCAAUCCUAAAGAAACAUUAAAUAGCAUUAAACCAUUUAAUAAGCCUUACAAAACAGCUUUACACCAGUAUCCUAUAAGUAAUUCAAAUAUUUCUAAAAUAAGUUCUUUUAAAAUACAGAGUAUUCAAAAAUGCGUCGCAACCCCUAAAGAAGAAACAUGUAAAAGUAAUUCUAAUAAUCAAAAACAAAAUUUAAAAAAAUAUUUUAAUGUUUGGCGAAAAAUUUUAUUAGAUAAAAAGGAAAAAAUUGAAAAAUUAAAUCAACGAAAUGAUCGAAAAACUAAAGUAAACGAAUUUAUAAAUAAUCUCGAGAAGAAAAAAGCUGAGAAUAAAUACUAUAAUAAACCGUUGGUGGAGGUGAAAUGUAAAGAAUCAAGAAAACUAAAUGAUCAAAUGAUAAAACAAAAUCAAGGAGCUGAAGCAAAUUCUUUUAGCCACCGAUUUAAAGCUCAAAAGGAAAUCAUUGAAACACAAAAAGUGAAACUACAAGAACAGGCAAAACUAAUAGAAGCUCUCAGACUAGGAAAACUGGAAGAGGAACUUCAAAAAUCCCUCGACUCAACAAAAAUUAACAUUAGAGAGAUAUUUAGCAAGUGCAGUACUAAAAUUAAAUGUAAAGUAGCACCGAUAAUAUUCGAUGAGAAUCACAAAACUAUAUGUAAAUUUGACUUAGUCUCUAGCAAAGCACCAAAAAUAAUAAAAGAAAUGGAGCAGAAAGCUUUUGAAAGAGCCGUAAGAAGGGAGUUUAUUUUAGAGAAGAAGAAAAUGCUUGACGAAGAAAGGAAACGACUUAAAGAACUAGAAAUAGAUAAUAAAAAAGCACAAGAUGAAGAGGCACGAAAAAAAAAUAUGGAAGCAAUUAAAGAAAGAAGAAAACGUGAUUUGGAAAUUCAAAAAAGAAGGCAAAGGAAUAAAGAACUGUAUUUGAGUAAACUAAAAAUAGCAGAAAAUUAUCAUAAAAAGAAAUUGCUCAGGUUUGGUUUAGAAUGUUUUAAAAAACUCAUACAGAUUAAAAAUGGUAACAAUUUAAAAAGUAAAGCGUUUUAUAAGAAAAUUCUUUUACGAAAUACCUGGAAAAGAUGGCAAAAACUUGUUUACGAUCGAGAUUUUGAAAAAAGUCAAAUAGCACGUCAGCAUUAUCAAAACAAACUUCUGCAGAGAUCUUUCAGAUGUUGGUGUAGGAUAUAUCGUUUGAGCAUACAAAACAUGCAAGUUGCUGAGGAUUAUUAUGACUAUAAAUUACAAGCUAAAGCUUUUAAAAUAUUACUUGAUUAUUCUUGCAAAAUGUACGUUACUAACGUAACUAAUUUGCAAAAAGCUCAACGACAUUACAGAAGACGAAUGUUAGUACACUAUUUUUACCUCUGGAUAACCUUACCGGCUGUUUUACAUUUGGAAAGAGCAAAGGAAGAAAAGAAGCGAAAAUGGAGAGAAAAAGUUUGGGAAAUAGUUCCUGACUAUAAAGUUCCUAGUGAUUAACAAUUAAUACAAAAAGCUUAAUGUUCAUAUGAGUGUAAAAGGCGCUUAAAAUCUAUUUUACUUUCGUCAGAAAAAUGUAUAUUACUGAUUAUUUGCAAAUAAAUCCUGUCUUUAUCUCAGUUUUCUUUGAUUCUUUUCUGAAGAU